AGAACGGUCACGCGAGGAAACAGAUCACUCCAACUGAAUUCAUGCGUCGUUAAAUUGUCUCUGGCAGAAGAAAGAUGUCAUCGCCUAAGUCGGAGAAUGUAGAGGAUUCCCUCAGCGAUGGAGCCUUUGAGGAACUUCACAAGUAUAUUAAUGACUUCCAUGAUAUUCUGAAGCGGGAGACGAACAAGCUUCGCAAGGAGAAGGAAGCUUUUGACGAGGUGACGAAGAAGCUUGAACAUGUUCACUUCUCGAAGAUGUUGAAACUGAAUGUCGGCGGCCAUAUGUUCACGACAAGUCUAGAGACCAUGACUAAAGAUCCAGGUAAUUUGACCGUUACUUAGAAUAUUACAAAGUGAUAUCUGUUAAAUGAACGUCGACAGGUCAGGAAAGUUUCGGUGAUCUUUGUGAAGACGUAUUCCGAGAACAUGGUUUUUAAAACUAUGAAAGCAAAAUGUUGGUGGUUCGAUUGUUUGGUAACCGGAAAUAUAAACAGUAAGGAGGUAACGACGUACUAAUGAAGAGAAAUGAAGAAUGAAGAACAACUAUAAGCCCGACAAAUUUUACAUAAAAUGAGAACGUGACGGAAGCUGAAACUUUCACUUUCAAGGGGGUUUGGCUUGAGGAGUCACUCAUGCGCAAACGAACGACUCAAUCGUCCACAUUAAUCAAAGGUGCUCCUAAUUAAGAGAGGAAACCAGUUGCGGUGCAUUUGCCAUGCAUGGAAUUGACUAGAAAGAUUCCAUAAAGGAAAUUACCGGUGUUCGAUUAUGUGGUGGGCAGACAAACACUAAAGAGGCAAAGACAAACAGCCCGAGUAUUUUUAUGAUUCGUGACGGAGGUGACACUUUAACUUUUAAAGGGUUUGAUUUAAGGAAUCACUUAUUCACUCGCAAAUUAACGAUUCAACCAGAAAUGGUUCACUAAACAGUGUACAAGCACGUAUUUGACAUAAGCUGAUUUCUUGGCGAAAUAUGUUUUUGCUCCUUAUCGCAGGUUCCAUGUUACACGCCAUGUUUUCAAGCAGAUUUGACACAAAACCUGGUGAGGAUGGAUCUUACUUUAUUGAUCGAGACGGAACCCACUUUCGUUACAUCCUGAAUUAUCUGCGCACGGGGGAGCUUAUCGUCCCUAAUGACGAGAUCAUUCGUAGAGAACUGCUGGCAGAGGCCAAAUUUUAUCAGGUCGAAGGAAUGAUAAACGAGCUGGAACCAACGCCAUCAGCACAUCCAAUCCCGAAUGUAGUUCAACCGUUCAAGGAUUCAGUGAUUCUCUCGUCCAGUCAGGGGCAGACUUUGAUGAAUUGGUUGAAGAACACAUCAGGCUUUUCCAACAGAGAUGAGCUUUUGUUGUACCGAGCUUCCAGAGAUGGUUGGGCUUCUUCCAACUUUCACUCCUGUUGUGAUAACAAAGGGCCAACUGUUGCAGUAAUUCAGAGUGGAAAUAACAUAUUUGGAGGAUACACUGAACAAAGUUGGGAUAGUGGUAAGUUCUAAACACUGACCCAGUUCUCUUCUUAUAGUUUUUCCCAAAUUCUUGUCGGAAAAAUUACGACAAGGAAACUCAAAUAAUUAAUGCUAACAGAGUAUUUGAAAAGGCAUAAAUGUCCCCCAACGUUUGAGUGUACAGAAGAAGUUUGUUAAUUUGUUAUAAAUUACCACCCUGAGAGUUUGAAGCAGAUCAAAAUUUGGACAAUAAAUACAAACAACAAUUAUUUAAUUUGUGAUUGUUUGGUCACAGAGGACAUGAAAAUGAGCCUUUUGAGUCGCGGCUUAUCAAAGGUUGCAAUGCAUUAAAAAUUGUCGCGACAAGCUACCAUAGUUUCCAGGGCUGGGGACUCUCCUCUCCCCGGCCUUAGGAAUUGAGAGAUCCACUUGGACAUUCAUCGAAAAAGAAUAUAACUCCAAAAAGAAAAUAAAUUCCUAGGGAGGGGUCUCUGUUUCUGAAAGUGUUGUUGUGCUGAGUCUUUGCAAAAAUUAGGAUCUUUAACUCUAGGAAAUGGAAAGGAAGGGACCUUGGGAACGUGAUAGACGAAAUCGAGUUCAAAAUAAGUACUAGUGAGAGGUCGUCAGAAUUCUAGUGCAAAGUCAUUUCGGAAAAUUGACCUUGCACUGGAAAGUCUCUUGUUGUACAAAACAAAUAAAACAAUUUUGUGAUGACGUCCUCUGGUAUAUACGUGCUCUUCAUGAUUUAAGGCAAUCACCAUUUGUACAACGCGUACACUUAGCUCAUUGCAUAAGACCACUCCCCACCCAAUACUGAGACCCCAUUCGAAGAAAGUCGUGACUAGAAAUUGGAUAAAAGAACAACAGAAAUUUAAAAUUGUCAGAUUCUGUAGCCAUUUACUUUAACUGGUUGGCUUGAUUUUUGUUUAGGUAGUGGAUCAUAUAAAAGUGCAGUAAACUCGUUUCUGUUCAGUCUUGUCAACCCGAGUGGUCUGUCACCAACAAAGAUGCAUUUGAAGAGUGGACAAGAAGGAAACGCUAUAUGUUGUAGCGGUAGCUUUGGACCAGUAUUUGGAGGUGGAAUUAAUCAUGAUCUUUGUAUUUACAAUGCACCAAACUCCAACAACUGCUUUGCAUAUUUGAAUAACGCUUACCAAUGUCCAUCAGGACAAAAUUCUGAGACGUUUUUAACAGGGGGUAAGACAUUCAGGGUGAGUGAAAUGGAAGUUUAUAGGUUAUAGAAGUAAAACGAGUUUUUCUUCGACUAAACUUAGAAUGGUUUGUAAACUACUGCCUCUCGUUCAUUUGCUUUUACAAGUUAUAGUUGCACGAAUACUGUUGACUUGAGAAACAGAAAAUCAAAUCUGUAGAAAAGAUAGCAAUGGAAAAGAUCAUAAUGUGUGUUCG